AUGGAUACUUUGGCUUGGAUGGAUGCCGCGUUACAAAAGGCUGAAGAAUCUCUACGAGAGGGUGAGGUUCCUGUAGGCUGUCUGUUUGUGUACAACAAUGAGGCGAUCGCAACAGGCAACAAUACAGUGAACGAGACCUGUAACGCGACUCGCCACGCGGAGAUAAAUUGUAUCGAUCAAGUGUUGAGGUUCUGCAAGGAAAAGCAGCUGGAACAUGAGACGGUAUUUCGUAAUCUCGACGUAAUCGUCACGGUGGAACCGUGCAUAAUGUGUGUGUCGGCGUUACUUCAACUACGCGUACGCAGUAUUGUGUAUGGCUGUGCGAAUGAUCGAUUUGGCGGUUGUACUAGCGUCCUCGAGGUGCCGAACUUUUACGAUCCGAAGAUAACGAUACAAGGAAAUGUGAAGGCGGACGAAGCUAUGAAAUUGCUUAAAAACUUCUACAAAGGCACCAAUCCAAACGCGCCAGAGUCAAAAGUCAAAAAGGGCCGUAAAUCGAAGGGAAUUCUCUUAACAGAUAACAAUUGAUUUUCCUCGUGUUACGCGUUUCUUUUACGCGUUUAUGUUUGUACGAGACUAAUUUAUAUUUAAUGUAUAUCAUUCCAAUAAGUGUAAAAUAUUGAUUUCAUUCUCAAUAGUUGGACUCAUUCGCGUCAACAUAUCAUUCAACUGUGAUGAACUGUACAGUCUCUUUAUAUUCUGUAUGUACAACGUACUAGUAGAUAAUAAUAAUAUUUAAUCCGAUAAUAUUAUUUAUCUCUAUCGCCUAUGUUCCAUACGUUGUCAAGUGUUUUUUCUACGUAUUUUAAUCCUGACUCUGCAACUGUAUGUACAUUUUUAUAAACGGUAUCAGAAAAAAAGCAGAAAGUCUAUUAAACAGUAUGUCAGUGCUCUUUA